AUGAGGAUCUCUAUAGGGGAUCUUACAUCAGAUCUCUACGAGCUGGGCAGCAACGGAACGCCACAGGGCUCCGUGAUCUCGCCUAUGCUUUUCAAUUUGAUAAUGGUAGGUCUUCCGAAGGAACUCGACAAAAUUCCCGGAAUUCAUCACUCCAUCUGUGCAGAUGAUAUCACCAUCUGGAUAGGCGAUGGUAGCGACGGCUACAUAGAUCAGAGGCUGCAAGAAGCCUCUGCUCUAUGUGGAGAGAUACCUAGAUGCCGUCCUCACAAGAGCCUCACAAGGGCGGCUGCAGGAGCCUGCCCGGACGAGGACGCGACGCCCCCCAAGACGCCCCCGCGGCCACCCAAGCUGGCAGGCACGCGCCGUCGGCUCAGCGUGUGCCAUCCCAUGGAGUCCGUCAUCCUGCUCAACGAGAACCGGGGAACUGGCUCGACCAGCAGCAGCGGAGCUGCAUCCGCUGAAGAGGAGACGCUGCGACUCGAGGGCUGCCUGUCGGCCGAGAGGUCGCUGCUGGACUUCGUGCGACAGUACCCGAGCCAAGGUCACACGAUGCUCCUAUACGGCGCCUCGGGCUCUGCCUUCAUAUACCUGGCCAAGAUGAUUGCCAAGGAGGACCCGCGCUGGGAGGUGCACUAUGUGCGCAUGAAGCAGUUCAUGGGCCGCUCCAUUGGCCGUGACUGCCAGAGGGAGCUCGAGUCGCUGUUCACCGAGGGCAAGGACAAGAUAAAGAUGCUGUUUUUCUACCUGCUGGAUACCAUAUACGGCAAUGCGCUCGCAGCCGAAGAGAUCGAUUAUGCGCAGCGGUUCAAGACGGAGCUACCCGAGUAUAUUAAGCGGGUAGCGUCGACCGACAAAAAGAAACUGGCCGUAGUGGCAUCCGCGAGAAAACCUUGGCUCUUCCCGAACGACCUGCAGUCUCUCUUCCAGAAAUGGGUUCACGUAGGCCUUCCAGGCUCGGCCGAGAGGAUCCGGCUAAUCAAGGCGCACAUUGGCCAUGUUCCGUGCUCGCUGAGCGACUCCAACUUCCUGCAGCUGUCGCGAAUGACGGAAGACUACACGUACUCCGAAAUCGGCAACAUGGUCGAAGAAGCGCACUUGGGUCCUUUCAAGAGGAUCGAAGGGGCGACGCACUUCAAAAAGGUGGACAACCACUGGGAAGUUUGUUCGCCCCGCGAACGCGGUGCUGUUCAGCUGUCCUGGCACACGAUGAAGCCGACAGAUGUUAAAGAGCCCCUCGUGUACGGCGAUAUUCUGGACGGUUUUGUCAAAGUCGAACUCCGUCGAACCGACAAGGAGCUUGCAGAAAUGGAGACAAUCCGGCUUGCUCACCUGGAACCAAAACAAGAUAAUAAUCCCAGUGAUCGAGCCCGUAAUAGUUGA